AUGAGUACGAUAACUACAGUAGAAACGGUGACUAAAGAUAUCGAAAAGGAGGUGGAAGAAAACUCCAUAGACUCUGAAAUGGGACAAAACUGUCCCAAUAGCUCAACCCAAAAGUCAGUAACGUGGGACCAAAACACAAUUGAUAAUGAAAAUAUGAAUAAAAGGAGCAGCAAAAGUUGCUGUAUUUUUACCGGUAAAAAAGGUUCAAAAACACCGGAUUCUGAUAAAGAAACGGAUAGUGAUUCUGAUACAUCUGAAGAUACAAACUGCGAUAGUCAUUAA